AUGAGAGAAACACAUGGUUUAUUUGAUUAUGAGUCAAAAAGUGUUAAAAAGGCAUAUAUGAAAUUGGAUAAUUCUACAUCAGUCUACAGAACCGCACAUUUCUGCUAUUCUUGAGACAUGGCAAACAUGGACGAUUUCAAAGAAGGAUCAGAGCCUUUGCUUAACGUCAAAAAAUAUGUCCUUUAUUUAAAUAGAAUGCGCUAUAAAACAAAUAUUCUUUUCUGGCUACUGAUUUAACAAUAUUGGAUGUAAUCUAUUCCAGAAAGUAUAAAGAUUCAUUCCAAAUUUCUCAAAUAUCUAAUAGCUCUAACGACAAAAUGUGGCAAGUAGUGAAAUUCAUGAAAGCCGGAGGCGUCAAAGGAUAUGCUUUAAAACAAGGCGAUUGAAUAAAGCUUGGUAGAGCUCGAUUUCACAUAAAGCAAAUUCAAUUACUCCUCAUCUUGAUCUGGCUGAUCACUAUCAUUCGAUCAAAGAUCAUUAAAAAGCUCAGAAAAAAUUCUAUAUAAAAUAUUUUAUGUGUGCUAUCCAUAAAAGAUAGUGCAUGCAAUAUAUAAGCAAAUAUGUUAAAAAUCGCAUUAGAAUGUUUUAAAGAAAAUAUAUACUAUAUUUUUUUUAGAUUCAUUAUUAUCAAAGAUAGGAAGAUAGGUAUUUAGAUUGAAGUGAUGAAGUGGAUUGGGUUUAAUUUUGACAAUAUCGAAAUUGUUUGAUCAAAGAUGAAGGCUUAUUUUUCUAAUUUUUAGGGAAAUUUUCAAUGGAAUUGCUUAAUUAAGGAAAGGGAGUUAGCAAACAUAAACCAAGCUGAUUUGUCACUACUUCCUAAAGACUACGACCCAGAUUCAGAAACAAGUGAGCUUCCAGAAGAAGCCAACACCGAGUCUUUACCAUGUCGCAUCUGUCUAAGUGAAACCACAUCUCACGAAGACCCUCUCAUUGCCCCUUGCAAAUGUGCAGGAACCAUGAAAUUUGUCCAUGUAAACUGCUUAAAAGAAUGACUAAAAAACCGUAUUGCAACCCGAGAAUCAUCCAAAGCAGUUUCAUACUAUUGAAAAGACUUCUCAUGUGAGCUCUGCAAAAGCAAGCUUCCCUUUUCAAUUCAAAUUGACAACCACAAAUACGAACUAAUUGGUUUUAGCCACCCAACAAAACCUUUUAUUGCCCUUGAAGACUUUCGGCCAGAUCUACGGCAAAGCAAUGGGAUUCACAUAAUUUUCUUUAAUCAAGCCUACCAGACAAGACCAUUGAAAAAAUCUCUAUUUUUUGCCCAAAAACCCUUUGUGACUAACAAAAAGAAUUUUUUAAGAAUAUAUAAAUGAUAAUUAAUACAGUGAAAUCGCUAGAUAAUUCCUGUUGAAUUUUAAAGCUUUCAUUUAAAACAUAAAUUAAAUUAAUUUUUGUGCAUUUGGAAUUUUUAAUUUUUGAAAAAAAUUAUUUUUAAAUUUUUAAUAAAAACUUUCAACUUAUUAAGCAAAACAAUUUUUUUUAUCCUUUAGAAUCCGGGGAAUCUGCAGAUAUUGGAAGAGGGCAUGAAUGUGACGUAAAACUUGCUGAUAUUUCAGUCAGUCGGCAUCACUCGAAAAUCAAGCUUAUAAAUAAUCAGUUUUACAUCGAAGAUCAAAACAGCAAAUUCGGGACUUUAUUACAAAUAAAAGAAGUCUUAAAUUUAGAUGUGGGGCAAGAUAUCGCAAUACAGGUGAAUAGAACUCUUUUUCAGCUCGAUGUAAAGGAGCCGAUAAGCUGCUUCAGCAUUUUUAAUAAGUGUAGGAAAAAUAGGGUUUGCCCCAGAGUGGACGAAAUGUCACAUUUAACGAGGGAUGGGGAUAAUGGGGAUGAAUUGUGCGCGGAUAGAGCAAAAAGAUACCCACGGACGAUGGUGUUCGUUAAUGAAGGAUCGUUUAGACUUGAUGAAGAGAUUAAUUCGUCAAAUGUGCUGGGCACACCAAGAUUUCAUUUGGCGCAUUAUGAAGAUUAGAUUAAUUAGUUUUAGCGGGUCACGGAGGUUUAUUUCAGCCUCUACCCAGCGCUGCCAGCUUCAGGCUUGCGCCCUAUGCACCGGCUCUGUUGCUCACUCCAUUUUCUGUCGACGUCACCAAAAAAAUGGUGACGUCGCCAUCUGACAGGGAGACUCACCCAGGUACUCCUUUGAUCAGGGUCUAGUGACCCGGCGCCGUCCUUUCUGGGGAGGGGGAAAAGUAGCCUUCCGGAGUCUUCUUCAGGUCCCCAAGCUCCACUACAAGCUCCACUACAAGCUUCCUCACUUCCUUCUAGUCCUGAAGUGUGACUCCUGAUUUUGCGGCUCUGGUCUUCUCGUCUUUGUGAGGGGCAAAAAACCUUGUCGUGGUGUCCCCGACCAAGGUAAAAAACCCACCCUGGGACACAAUAUCCAGGCCCCGUUUACUUCUUAACCCCGUAGUCCCUGAGGGUACAGGAGAAAGGACGGGUCGGAUGGCUCGCCAUUUUAAUUGUGUGCAUUAUGAAGAAGAAAAGGAAAGCAGCGAGCAAAGAAGCUUCGAUGUAUAA